GGUGGGGUGGUUGCCCCCGCUUCUUUCCCUGCCAAGUCUGGGGUUAAAGGAAGUCCCGUUUGAUCCCACAAUCAACAAUACGAAGAAACCCCCCCACCCUACAAAUAAGAUUGGUGUGCCCACACACUAGUAAAACUAGAAAUGAGUAUCUGUGGAGUGUAUCGUCAGCAGUUAGUGUUGUUUGGGAGCUGCUGCUGCCCUCCUCAACAACUGCCAAAGCUUCUUCCAAACCGCAAAACCCCACAUGGGUUGCCACUGCAAACUUGUGGGAAAUCUCAACUGGCUCUGAUACAUGAUGCUUCCUCCAAAUUUGUCCCUAGAGCUACUGCCUCUGCUGCUUCUUCUUCUUCUUCCCCUACAGAAUAUUCUGAGCAACUCUUGGGAGGUGUCAAACCCAAGCCAAAAAAGCAGAGAAUAGCAGGCAUAGAUCAGGAUGAUUUACAAGAUCCCAAACUUUUGGCUGAUCCUGAGAGUUGCUUUUGUGAGUUUAAAGGGGUACAGAUACACUACAAAAUAUUUGAUGCUGAAUCAUUGGCUCCAAACUUGUCAGAAGAGGCUGCUACUACUCAAGUUUCUGAUACCACUGAAAGGGCUGGUUUUCCCAUGAUUCUGUUGCAUGGUUUUGGAGCUUCUGUAUUCUCAUGGAAUCGAGUCAUGAAGCCUUUGGCACAGGUCACUGGUUCAAAAGUUCUUGCCUUUGAUAGACCGGCCUUUGGGUUGACAUCAUGGGUCGAUCCAACCAAUCAUUCACCUGCUGGCAGUGCAGAUGCGAGACCUCUAAAUCCAUACUCGACUAUGUUCUCUGUAAUGGCAUCCCUGUACUUUAUUGACUUCUUAGCAUCUGAAAAAGCAAUUCUGGUAGGGCACUCAGCUGGUUCCCUUGUAGCAGUUGAUACAUAUUUUGAGGCACCUGAGCGAGUUGCUGCAAUGGUUCUUGUUGCUCCAGCAAUUUUAGCACCUCUUUUGAAACAGGAUUUUUCCAAAGAUAAUCAGAGAGGUAAAAACAACAAGAAACAAGAGGAGCACUCAAAUUCAGAUGGUCACUGGAAUCCAAUUCUCAGGAUUUUCAGCAUGUUGUCAAAGUUAACUAAACAUAUUGCUCAGGCAAUUAUGAAUAUGUUGAAAGGGAUGGGAGAUAUGAUAAAUUAUGUGUACAAGAAGGCUUUAUCUGCACUCCUCCGCUCAGCCAUUGGUGUAAUGCUGGUAAGAAUGAUAAUUGACAAAUUUGGCAUAGCUGUUUUUCGAAAUUCGUGGUAUGAUUCAAAUCAAGUUACUGAUUAUGUCCUACAAGGUUACACAAAGCCACUGAGGGUGAAAGGUUGGGACAAGGCCCUUGUGGAAUAUACGGUAGCAAUGCUUUCAGAUUCUUCUUCUCAAUCAAAGCCACAGCUUUCCAAAAGAUUGGGCGAAAUCUCAUGUCCAGUCCUAAUUGUCACUGGUGAUAGCGAUCGACUUGUUCCCCCUUGGAACUCUAAAAGGCUUUCACAAGUCAUUCCAGGAUCUCAUCUUGAGGUGAUCAAGAAUUGCGGCCACUUACCUCAUGAAGAAAAGACUGAAGAGUUUGUAUCUAUUGUUGAGAAAUUUCUGCAGAGAACUUUUGGUGCUUCGCAGGAGCAGCGUUUGCAAGUAGUGACUUAACCCUGGAUCUUCUUAAACCAAUUGACAAUUGUGGAGAGGAUUGAACCCUCAUAAAAAAAUGUGGAGAGAUAAUUAAACUCCAGAAAGAAUUUCUCCCCAUUGAUUGUCAAAGUAAAAAGAUGGAUAAACAUCAUUUAAUAUUUCUUUUUGCCCGUUUUGUAUCUCUUCAUAG